AUGCACAAAUACAAGCCUAGUGGACAGUACAUCCUUACUUUAUACCGGAGAUCUCGUCAUCUCAGUUCGUCUCCAGGCUGCAAGAUGACAUUUGAAGGCAAUACGGAGGGAUUGCGUGGAUCUCCUGAAGAAAGAAUGAGCACAGUAUUUGGUGGGAGGCUAAAAGGGGAAGCUCCGACUUCAACAAGUAGGAUGCUGGCAGGUGGAGCCAAGACAAUUGCGGGCGUACAAGUUCCAGCUAAGCCUAUAGAGCCAGACAAUUGCUGUAUGUCAGGCUGUGUGAAUUGUGUGUGGGAGUUAUUCAAUGAAGAUAUUAGGAACUGGAAGAGCAAGAGGAAACUUGCUGCCAGUCGAAUUAAGGACACUAAUGCGAAAUGGCCAUCUGAUUGGAACCCUCCAUUUGCAUUGCUUCACUUGAAGAACGUUCCUGAAUCGUUGAAGACUGAGAAGAUUAAGUUUGAUAAACAUGCUAAAGAAAAGAAGGGUCAGUCCGUGGCUAGUCUCUUUCCGACAAGAAGUAAACCACUACCUAAAAGUGUUGUCGAGGCUAAGAAAAGGAAUGCUGCGCAUCACCCCAAGCAGGCAGAGACGGCUAGGAAGGAAUUAGAAGAACUAGAUGCCGAAGAAGAUCAAGAAGCAUGGAAGGAUAUUCCAGUCUACAUCAGGGCAUUUGCUGAGUUUGAGCGCAAGAAGAAGCUAAUGAAAGAGGAAAGAGCGGCUACCGCAUAG